AUGUCUUGGCAUAGAUCCUCACUUCAUCAGAAUCCCACUACUCGUUCGCCAGCCCCACCGAAAUCAGAGCGAAAGAAAGAGCGUGAUGGACAGCUCAUGCUACUGUUUGAAAUGAUAGGAACCAUUAGUGCUGUAUUGGCACCAGUAGACAGUGUUGCACACGAAACUGGUUCACGUGAACUAGCGCAUGGUGAAUCUCUCUCGAGCUCCAGAGACCUUACACCUAACCUCAAUAUACCUAGCUCUAACCUUGCGAUAGAUAGUGGAUUGGCCUGGCUACAAACUAAUAAUGAUCCGCCUAUCCGUUUACCUGCAGCCUUCAAACUGAAUAGACCGGAGAAUAUCGCUAUUGACAAUCGGCCGUUCCUAUUGGAAUUGCUACUAUUCCAGCUAGAAACAGCACUGAUGGCAUCAGAAGAGGUGAGCUACAAUACAUUAGACUCGUUGAACAAUGGGACGGGCAAUCACUGUAGGGAAUUGAUAGCGGAUUUUUUUUUCGAAACCGCUAAAAGCUCGUCUACAAUGUGCAGGCCAUAUAACUCCAACUUUCUUUGA